CAUGGACAUUAAGGCUAGCGGCUUUUAACCGCGAUUAUGUAACUUAUGUAAGAGGACAUAGCUAACAGUUAGCUACAGAACUGAAUGUGCCCGGACAUUGCUAGCUAACUUAACUUAAGUUAACUUAACGUUGGCUAUGCUGGCGCUGGUUCAAAGUUUACUGAUGCCGGAAGACAUUGACUGUUUGGUAGCGUACUUGGCAGCAAGUUUACUAAUUGUGUGAAAGUAUAUUAGCUAACUGAUUAGCGAUCUACCCGGCCAGCAAUCUAGCUAAGCGUGACCUAAUUGGUCCAGUCAUCCCAGAGGCACAGCAAUGGCCUUCAGCAAAGGAUAUCGCAUAUACCACAAUCUGGACCGUCUCCCUUAUAGUGUGAUUGUGGAAUCAAGGAGCCAAGAAGAAUGCCUGCUGUUUGAGUCAGGAGCUGUUGCUGUUCUGUCUGCUGCAGAGAAAGGGACCAUUAAAUCCACAUACUCUAAAAUGUUGGAUGCCUAUGGUAUGCUGGGAGUCCUGCAGCUCAACCUUGAGGACACUACGCUCCACAGCAUGGUGCUGGUGACGGGGUGCAGCUCGGUGGGGAAGGUGCAGGACUCCGAGGUGUUCCGGGUGACCUCCACCGACUUCGUGUCCCUGAGGAACGAGCCCUCGGACGAGGACCGGAUUUCGGACGUGCGCAAGGUCCUGAAUUCGGGGAACUUCUACUUCGCCUGGUCGUCCGGCGGUGUGAGCCUGGACCUCAGCCUGAACGCCUAUCGCAGGACGAAGGAGAACGCCUCAGAUAACCGCUUCUUCUGGAACCAGUCGAUGCAGCUGCACCUGAAGCACUACGGGGUGAACUGCGACGACUGGCUGCUGCGGCUCAUGUGCGGGGGGGUGGAGGUCCGCACCGUCUACGCCGGGCACCAGCAGGCCAAGGCCUGCGUCAUCUCGCGCCUCAGCUCCGAGAGGGCCGGCACGCGCUUCAACGUGCGCGGCACCAACGACGACGGCCAGGUCGCCAACUUCGUGGAGACCGAGCAGGUCAUCUUCCUAGAUGACAAGGUCUCGUCUUUCAUACAAAUCCGUGGAUCUAUACCUUUGUUCUGGGAGCAGCCUGGUAUUCAGGUUGGCUCCCACCGUGUGAAGCUGUCCCGUGGAUUUGAAGCUAACGCACCAGCUUUUGAAAGGCACUUCAGUGAACUGCGGCGUCUCUACGGCGACCAGCUGAUCGUCAACCUGCUGGGGGCGAAGGCGGGGGAACACCUGCUGACCAAGGCCUUCCAGGGCCACCUGAAGACCUCGGUCCACGCCUCGGCGGUCGGCAUGGUGAACUUCGACUACCACCAGAUGGUGCGCAGCGGCAGGGCGGAGAAACUGCACAGCGUCCUGAAGCCUCAGGUCAACAGGUUCCUGGAGGACUGCGGCGUCUUCUUCUACUCCCAAGAGGGCGGUGUGCAGAGGUGCCAAACCGGUACCAUACGUGUCAACUGUCUGGACUGUUUGGACAGAACCAACAGUGUCCAGGCCUUCUUUGCCUUAGAGAUGGUGCCGCAGCAGCUGGCAGACCUGGGGCUGAUGGAGAAGUCUCAGCUGCUGGGCCGUUUCCAGGAGGCCUUCCGCACCAUGUGGUCCCUGAACGGGGACUCCGUCAGCAAGAUCUACGCUGGCACGAGAGUCCUGGAGGGGCGGGCGAAGGGCGGGAAGCUGAAAGACGGCGCUCGAUCGGUCACCAGAACAAUCCAGAACAACUUCUUCGACAGCUCCAAGCAGGAGGCCAUCGACAUCCUGCGCCUGGGAAUCACCCUGAACUGCGACCUGGCGGACAAGGCCCGAGCCUUCCUGACCACCAGCACGCCCCACGCGUCUCCCGGGGUACUCCUGGGAAUGUGCCAGAACCAUCACAGGUACACCCGGCCCAGGCAGGUGAGGGUGUGCGUGGGCACCUGGAACGUCAACGGGGGCAAGCAGAUCCGCAGCGUGGACUACCGGAGCCACGCGCUGGACGACUGGCUGCUGGACGCCCCCCGCAAGGCCGGCCUGCCGGCCUCUCAAGGCAGUAAAGCCAGCCCUGUAGACAUCUACGCCGUUGGGUUUGAAGAGAUGGUGGAGCUUAAUGCUGGUAACAUUGUCAGUGCCAGCACCACCAAUCAGAAGCUGUGGGAGGAGGAGCUGCGUAAGACGCUGUGCAGGGAUUACAGAUACGUGCUGCUGGCCUCCGAGCAGCUCGUCGGGGUGUGUCUGUUCGUCUUCGUCAGGCCCCAGCAUGCACCAUUCAUCCGAGAUAUCGCCGUGGAUACUGUUAAGACCGGCAUGGGCGGAGCCACCGGGAACAAAGGAGGCGUGGCCAUCCGCAUGCUCUUCCACUCCACCAGCAUGUGCUUUGUCUGCUCCCACUUUGCCGCCGGCCAAUCACAGGUCAAGGAGAGGAACGACGACUACAGCGAGAUCUGCCGCAAACUCAGCUUCCCCAUGGGCAGACAGUUGCAGUCUCAUGAUUACAUCAUCUGGUGCGGAGACUUUAACUACCGCGUGAACCUGCACGGCGAUGACGUGAAGGAGCUGGUCAAACGGCAGAACUGGGAGGUGCUGACGGCCAAGGACCAGCUCCUGGAGCAGAAGGAGGCGGGAGCGGUGUUCAAAGGUUUCAUCGAGGGGCCGAUCGACUUCCCGCCCACCUAUAAGUACGACUUCAUGUCGGACGAGUACGACACCAGCGAGAAGUGUCGAAUCCCCGCCUGGACUGACCGGGUGCUCUGGAAGAGAACGCAGUGGAAUUUCGAGAAUUCCGUCGAAGAGGAUAAUCUGGUGAACACGACCGAGUACGGCGGAAACCCUGGGACCCUGCUGCAUUACGGCAGAGCGGAGCUCAAGACCUCCGAUCACAGGCCCGUGGUGGCCAUCGUGGACGUGGAGGUGCUGGAGGUAGACCCCGAGGCACGCCGGCAGGUGUACGAGGAGGUGGUGAUGGCCCAGGGGCCUCCGGACGGCACCGUCAUCGUGUCUCUCUGCGAGGGGGGCGCCAUCGACGACGCCCUGAUCGACCACCUGCUGGCUGAGUUCGAGUCGUUCGGGGAGGUGGUUCUGAUCAGGAUUGUGGAGGAGAAGAUGUUGGUGACGUUUCUAGAAGGUUCCUCCGCUUUGGCUGCCCUGUCGCUCAGUGGGACCACGGUCCUGGAGAAGAGCAUCCAGAUCCAGCUGAAGAGCCCCCGCUGGAUGGAGAGCCUGGAGCAGGAGAUAAGUGCGGACAGCGUGUGCGGAGGAGUCCUCUCCCCCUGCGGCUCUGCCCUGCUGGCCGAGGACACGGAGCUGGUGGAGGAGGAGGACUACGAGGAGGAGGAGGAUGAUGUCUAUGAGGACCCUGGAGAAGAGGAGGUGGAGGAGUAUCUGUCCCCCACCACGCAGCCCGGCCUGGGGAGGGGCCCUGGGUCCUCCCCCGCCUCCUCACCCAGGACCAGCCCCUGCCCCUCGCCCACCCAGGACCCCCCGGCCCCCUCCACCUGGUACAUCCCCACACCCAUCUCCUCCUCUGGACCUCCACAAGAUCGGCCUGCGGACCUCAAGCCUGUCAGCGCCCCCUCUGUUGAGCCCAAACGGCCCCCUCCCCCUCGCCCCAACGCCCCCCCCGCCCGCCCAGCACCACCCCAAAGGCCCCCGCCUCCCUCAGGUUGGGGACAGCCCUCCACAGGGCCUGUUCCAGGAGCAGGGUCGAGAUCGACCCUUCCCCCACGGCUUGGAGUCACAAGGCCUCAGCCAUCAGUCCACCCGGGGGCCCCAAGACCUAUCCCUGGGGCCCCGAAACCCAUCCCUCAGGUUCAUCCUGGGGCUCCACAUAUCCUCCCGGAACCCCAAACCACCCCAGCAGGGCCUCCACAGGAGCUGCCCCUGCUUCCUGAGCCAUUGAAGCCUCAAAGACCAUCUCCUCAAUCCCCCCAAGAUCCUAUACUCCAACCACCACCACCAAGACCUCUCCAAGAUCCUAUACUCCUGCCCCCACCCAGACCUCUCCAAGAUCCCAUACUCAAACCCCCCCCAUCUAGACCUCUCCAAGAUCCUGUACUCCUGCCCCCACCCAGACCUCUCCAAGAUCCUGUACUCCUGCCCCCACCCAGACCUCUCCAAGAUCCUAGACUCCAACCCCCACCAAGACCCCUCCAAGAUCCUCUACUCCAACCCCCACCAAGACCCCUCCAAGAUCCUCUACUCCAACCCCCACCAAGACCCCUCCAAGAUCCUCUACUCCAACCCCCACCAAGACCCCUCCAAGAUCCUCUCCUCCAACCCCCACCAAGACCCCUCCAAGAUCCCAUACUGCAACCCGCACCCAGGUCCCUCCCAGACCCAAUCCUUCCCGUGCCCCUGGUUCCCUUUCCCGCCCCCCAGGCGGCGUCUCUCCCCCCUGCCCUCGCCCAGACCUCGCUGACCCUCCCCGCUCGCAGUCACCCCUCGUACGCCCUGCCCCCCGACCCCGGCGCCGCGUCCCAGACCAAUGGGAUGCACAGAAGCCAGAGCGACGCCCAGUUGGGAGCCAACCCUUUCGACACGCUCCCCUUUUCCUGGCACAACACCCAAUCGCUGACCAGAGGCUCCUCCCUCAGGCCCUCCCACAGCCCGCCCUUGGCGGCCAUUCCGGCCUCCCGGUCUCUGAACUCCACCCCCCUCUCCGCCCUCCAGGGGCUCCCUGCGGUCCCGGAGCCCGCCUGGCUGUCCCAGCUGGAGCCCCCCCCACCCUCCCGCUGCCGGUCCCAGGAGGCCCUGCGCUCCUCGCCCAACCCCUUCCUGUCUGGCAGCCAGCCAAUCGGCACCAACCCUUUCACCGGCCAGCCCGCGGUCGCCAAGCAACGCUCGCUCACGCCCGACUUGGCCGCGCAGCAGCGGGCCCUGCCCCCCGCGCCCCUGCUCCAGCCCACCCGGGUAGCGUUCGGCCCGGGUGCCUCCUCAUUGGCCGCCCCGCCAGGGCCCGCCCCGGCGGUCCGGCUCCAGCAGUGGGUGACGUUCGACGAUGAUUCCGACUUCCCCGUGCCCGGGAAGACCACGGCGGCCCUGCCCCCGGCCCUGCCGAUCGCCGCCCCCAGGGCGAACCCCAAUCCAGCGCAAACGCACGGCGCCUUCCCCGGCUCUGCGCUCGACUCUGCCCUCACCUGGGCACCUGCGCCCACCUCCGCGUUCCCAGGAGCUCCACCUCCUAUCCCAGCCAGGGCCAACUCCGGAGACCCCAGGGACCACUGAGCUCUAGCUUAUCCUCAAAGGAGUUGACGGAAAGAUAGAUUUUUAUUUUCUAUGUAAAGGUAUAGGAUGUAUCUCUACGUAUAACUAUAACCAUGAAAUUUGCACACAAUCUCGCAUCUUCAGAAAGCGGAAUCCAGUUUUCUUGGUGAAUUAGAAAUGGUUGAUGAUGCAUUUGUGAUACUGGCUAUUGACACACUGAAGGUCCUUUUCUUUUCUCUAUGUAAAAUCCAGAUUUCAUGCAAGUUAUUAGUUUUAAUUGACUUAACUUUUGUCUAGUGGUUUACUCACUACUGUUGAUGUAUAAUUUAUUCACAUAGGAACCAAGCCCCUAACUAUAUCUACUGUACGUCUGUAUAAAUGUUGUUUUUAUUUUAUUUUUAUUUUUUUUGGAACCAAUAUAUACCCGCUUUUUUCCCCCCCCUUAUUUUCUUACAUUUUGGAAUGGCCAGGCAUAUGGAGGCUGAUGUCAUAAGCAGCACAGGAAAGCACUGAUGUCCUCUGAGUGCUUCAGGCUCACCGUACCGCUGGGCGGGGCUUCAGGGCUGCAGGUUCUCAGCUAACCAGAGGGGGCGCUGUCAUGCAAUAAGACGCCUGCGACUGAAACCCCGGCCCGGAACUCCGGAACUUUCUCCGCACCGAGAACCUGGGCUUUUCCGGCACAAACGGCUCUCUGCACCUUUACGCAUUUUCAUCUAUGCAUAUAAUGACCAUCACAACUGUGUGAGUUAAGUGCAAUAUGUCAUUUGUAUGACUUGUGUGCAGGUGCUUCGUAUUGCGUAUUUACCCAAGUACUCUGUGCCUAAAUAUCGUCUACCUUCCAGCAUCAGUUGCUCGUGAGCUCUGUGCUUAACCCAGUCUUUAAAAAGGCAGGCUUUGCAUCCGCUGCACUCUCCAGCUGACAUUUUGCUUCGGGAUGACGGCUAGUACACUGGGCUCUCUCGAUGUUUUUGGGAAGAACAGGUGCAUCGGCAACCCGUCGGCUAUUCCUCUCCCCCACCCGUUAACCAGCACUGGGAUCCUUCACCUGCAUUGGCUCCUCAAACCCAGUCUAGGCCCUCAAAGACUUUUUGUGACUCGGCAGAUCCGUCAGACCCUGCAGCCUGUUAGGACCAGAGUUGAGGUGCCCUAAACUCAAGGUAUCUAAGGAACAGACUUGAGUUCCUUAGAUGCCACUAAGGGCUCCAGUAAGGGCUAUAGAUAAGGCUGCGGGAUGCCCGGUUUUGGGGAACAGAAUAUCCAUCUGUGUUCCUCUGGGUCCCCUUUCGUCUCUGGGCGCCCAUCGCAGCAGCCUCCGCUCCCCUUUCUGGAGAGUCCACACGCGCACGUGCUCUCCUCCGAAGCACACCAUGUCAGUCGCCAUUUCUCAUCGUACCAGAGUUUACUAAGCAGACUCACACAGACAUGGGUCAGUGGAAAGUGCUUCAUGUGCAGUUUCACAGGUACACAGUCGACCAGCAGGGGUCGCUGGUCUGCGAUCAGGCACCACCAUCCCCGCCGCCUGAAUCCCUCUCAUCUCUGCAUGACGCUAGGGCCAAUCGUGAGUGGUCCUGGGGGGGGACUUCAGGCCACAGUCGACUCUGGCCUAGUCCAGAUACAAGGCUGUGGGGCCCAUACAUACGUGUGCUGGAACAGUGCCUUAGCAGGAUGGGCCACUCGGCCAUCCUGUCUUCAGUCUAUUUGAAUGUGUGUGUUGGAUGGGCGUCUCCUGCAGUUGGUAAAGGGUUAAAGGGUUUGAAUGUAGGCGAAGCAGGAAGUAACUCAAUGCUAACUCAAUGCUAUUCAGGGAUGCAUAUAGUUGUUCAGCACUGUACGGCUUCUUUUCUUUUUUUUUACACUGGAAUUACACAUUUUAUUACAGGACUCUUGUAGCUGCUGUCUCUCAGAAAUGCCUAAGAUGUGUGCCUGGUUAAUAUCCACCUUCCGCUGUUUUCCUUUGUGUGCAUAGUAACCUGCCAAUAUAAAUAACGUGUACGCAGAUUUUAAGAUGGAUCUAAGCAGGUUUGAAGGGCUGUCCAGGAAGCCACAGAGAUGCUACAGAACAUGCCCUCUGUAAUAUAUGAGAUUAUUUUUUAUUGCUUUUAUACAUAUGAAUUUAAAUUAUGCACAAAAGAGGAAUAACGCUUUUAUAAAUGUAGCUGUCUUUAAUGGUGUGUGGGUGUGGUGGAAUAAACGUCAGAAUCCCCUUUCUGA